UCGACAUAAACGAACAUCGUCAUGGAAUUCAUUAACUUCGGCAAGAUCCUUCUUUUCGUUAGUCUUCUACUAUUUCUCAGACGAAUUAAAUCCGAAUCAUUCUGUGACGAAUUUUGCAAUUGUCAUCCAGACAUCCACAUGAUCCAUUGUAGCGGAGUCGACUUUAAAGAGGCAUUGAGUCACAACUACUCCGAUGAAAUCACAAACAACACCAAGUCACUGGAAAUUUCAUAUUUUGAUCAGUCAUUGAGACUCGAUAAUGAUACCUUGAAACGGUUCUAUGCUUUAGAAAAACUUGCUAUAGUGCACUACGGUGUAACUUUCAUCAGCGGAUAUGUCUUCCAAGGCCUAUACGAGUUGCAGUACAUUCGUCUGUCAUUUAACUCUUUGAAGAGCAUUCCUAUUGUACAGCUUUCCCACUUAAAUUCAUCUUUAGAAGAAUUACAUCUGCUACAACAAAAAAUAACAAACAUUGCAAACUAUUCCUUUAUACAAUUUGGAAAUCUUCGUGAGAUGACAAUAAAGUACAAUCAAUACUUUUUAGAGAUAUUCGCUUAUGCUUUUACCGGUCUUGCAAAUUUAACUUAUCUUUGUUUAUCUGAAAAUGGCAUUAUGAGACUGCGCAGUACAACCUUCAAGGGUUUGACAAAUUUACAAGAAUUGGACCUAAGUCACAAUCUACUUGUUACAGUUCCGCCUGCAGUUAAUGCUCUGAAGUCCCUCAUAAAGCUAGACCUGUCUAAUAAUCACCUUCUAGAAUAUACAAGCAAUUUUCAGUUCUUGGCAGAAAUUCUAACACUACAGACCCUCCAGAUGGGCUACUGCGCCAUUUCUGAAAUAUCCCCGGAAGCCGUUGACAACCUCAAGGCAUCUAAUUUAAAUGUUGCAAAUUUCGAGGGAAAUCCAUUUAACUGCACAGAAGGCCUUUGCUCUUUUGUAAUUUGGUAUUUGAGCAUGCCCGAACCAAGUACAACGAGAAGCCCUUUCUAUAUACCUUUCAUCACUCUCAGUCCUCCCAUCGGGAAAGGACCAUACCGAUGCAAGACUAGUGGACUGUCCGGGGGACUGUCCUUCAAAGAGUUUUUAAACGAGUCUUGUUCACCGACUCCUCAAAUCUUCUCGUCGACCGUUUCUUAUCCUGCUGGCGGUUCGAUCUCGUGGCAUGUCAUCAUUAUUAUCGUUAGCAUAACUUUUGUUGCUUUUGUCGUUGCCUCAUUGUCCUUCAUAAUUUGGAAAUUUAGUCUGGUCAAAAGAUAUCAUCAUCACUUUCGAAUCCAUUACCAGCGUCAUGCUAAUUUUAGAGCUAGGCAGGAAGAAGACAAUGAAUAUAUGUUUGAUGCCUACGUCAGCCAUCACGAAGACGACAGGCCAUUCGUCCAAGAUGAGAUGCUUCCUCGCCUUGAGGACAAUAAUGGCUUUGAUCUCUGCGUAUCUUUCCGCAACUUCCGUCUGGGUUCUAACCUCCUAGAAAACGUGUCUUCUGCACAGGAUGUUAGUCGUGCCAUCAUCUUUAUCAUCAAUGAACGCUUCAUGCAGAAUGGUCAGUGCAAGCUGGAGCUGGAGAUGGCUUCAAGGAGGAUGCUAGAAGAUGAUGAGGAGAACGGAAGACGGCGUCUCAUCCUCAUCAUGAUGGAUGUCCUGGCUCCAGACCUGAUGAACAACACCCUAAGGAUGCUUCUCAACUAUGUGGCUUACCUCGAGUGGGACCCUGCGGCAGAAGAAAGAUGUUGGGGGCAACUUGUUGCCACCCUUCGUGCCAUGGAACCGGCGAUGAAUGGUCCCAACGAACAGGAGGCCGACAAUGGAGAAAAUAAUGGUGGCGAAGCACUCAAUGAAAUACAACCUAUUUAA